UGAUCUUCAAGUGCUUUGACUUGUGUUAGGAGCUGUUUUGAAACUAACAUGGUUUAGUCCACUAACUGCAUGUUGGGUAAAUUCAAAACCCACAUGCUCGUCCUCUUGCAGUGGAAUAAGUCACAUCUGAUGGACAUUUUCUGUGCUUAUAGCAUAGUAAUGAACGUCUGACAGGCACGACCUUUCAUAAGACAACCCACACUAUUGGCUUUUUGCCCAGAAUAUUGCUGCAACACUGUCUGUGAUUGGUUAUCUCUCUAUCAUGCAUUGCUCUACAAGGGGAAACGGCCCCCUUUUUUAAUAAAUCUACGAUGGCUGGCUGCAAUAUGUCUCACUGUUGGUACUAAGAAGUGCCUUUCCUGACGUCUCUGCUGCUUGGAACCGCUUCUAGAGCAGUCUCUGCUUUUGCCUUGCUUGCUGCCAGCUAGACUGUGACGACAGCACAUCCACCCUCCACCUCUAGCCCAGACACCCCCAUUUCUACUUAUAAUCAAGAGAAAAGCUCUAAGUAUAUCUGGCAUUGCCCUAGGCUGCUUUAGUUUUAAAGGAAAAGGUUGCUGAAAAAGUAAGAUAUCUUCUGCCAGGAAAUCAAGGAGGAAAACAAAAUCAUUUUCUCGAUUUUGCUCUAAACUGCUGCAUCUGUCUAUGCCAAACUAAUCAAUACCGAUUGCACCACCAAACUCCAUUGCAAAUUCAGCUGUGAGGAGAUUCCCUUUCAGACAACUUUGCUGAAAGCAGCUUGGAAAUUCGGUGUCAGAGGGUCUGCCACGUUUUCAUGCUUGCAUUUUGGGCUCCAAAUUGGCACUGGGAAGGGGUUACUGAGAGCACAAGGCUGAUUCCAGGCCCUACUUUUAAGCAUUCAUCUACUUAUAAUUCUAGUAUUUCUCUAAAAACCAAAACCUCUUUGAAUUAACAGUUUCAUGCUGUGAAUUUCUAGUAGGAGAUCUUUUCCUUGAUAUUGACAAUACACUUUUCCAUGUACUUUUAAAAGCAGGGAGUAGGGGAAAAGUAUUUUGAAGGGGACAUUUUCAUCAUUUUACAGUUUUAUCAGUUCAUCUUUUUUUUGGUUGUUGCUGUUUUUUUUCGGUGGUUGGGUUUGUUGGUUUCACUGAAAAAUUUAACUACCUGUAAAAUCUAAACAUGGCUGUUAAUGUCACACCAAUUCGGGAUACAAAAUGGCUAACACUGGAAGUAUGUAGAGAGUUUCAAAGGGGGACUUGCUCACGGCCAGACACGGAAUGUAAAUUUGCACAUCCUUCGAAAAGCUGCCAAGUUGAAAAUGGACGCGUAAUCGCCUGCUUUGAUUCAUUGAAAGGUCGUUGCUCUAGGGAGAACUGCAAAUAUCUUCAUCCACCCCCACACUUAAAAACACAGUUGGAGAUAAAUGGGCGCAAUAACUUGAUUCAGCAGAAGAACAUGGCCAUGUUGGCCCAGCAAAUGCAACUAGCCAAUGCCAUGAUGCCUGGUGCCCCAUUACAACCCGUGCCAAUGUUUUCAGUUGCACCAAGCUUAGCCACCAAUGCAUCAGCAGCCUUUAAUCCCUACUUGGGACCUGUUUCUCCAAGCCUGGUUCCAGCAGAGAUCUUGCCAACUGCACCAAUGUUGGUUACUGGGAAUCCAGGGGUCCCUGUACCUGCAGCUGCUGCAGCUGCUGCACAGAAAUUAAUGCGGACAGACAGACUUGAGGUUUGUCGAGAGUAUCAACGUGGCAAUUGCAACAGAGGAGAAAAUGAUUGUCGGUUUGCUCAUCCUGCUGACAGCACAAUGAUUGACACCAAUGACAACACAGUUACUGUCUGUAUGGAUUACAUCAAGGGAAGAUGCUCUCGGGAAAAGUGCAAAUACUUUCAUCCUCCUGCACAUCUGCAAGCCAAGAUCAAGGCUGCCCAAUACCAGGUCAACCAAGCUGCAGCAGCCCAGGCUGCAGCCACUGCAGCUGCCAUGACUCAGUCGGCUGUCAAAUCACUGAAGCGACCCCUCGAGGCAACCUUUGACCUGGGAAUUCCUCAAGCUGUACUUCCCCCAUUACCAAAGAGGCCUGCUCUUGAAAAAACCAACGGUGCCACCGCAGUCUUUAACACUGGUAUUUUCCAGUACCAACAGGCUCUAGCCAACAUGCAGUUGCAACAGCAUACAGCAUUUCUCCCACCAGGCUCAAUAUUGUGCAUGACACCCGCUACAAGUGUUGUUCCCAUGGUGCACGGUGCUACGCCAGCCACUGUGUCCGCAGCAACAACAUCUGCCACAAGUGUUCCCUUCGCUGCAACAGCCACAGCCAACCAGAUACCCAUAAUAUCUGCCGAACAUCUGACUAGCCACAAGUAUGUUACCCAGAUGUAGAAUUGUCAUCACUAAACAAUCAUACUAAAGAGGAAAGGACAGUGUGCUUGGUUAGAGUAAAGGACGAGGUCAUUAGCCAUAUUGUAUAUACCUUCAAGCAACACACACAAAAAUCCCUCAGCCCCAAGACAUCCACAUAUUGCAUGUUAAACAGAAGAAAAGACAACAUGGAAAUCCACUGCACACUGUUGCCUAUACACUUUGUACACUUAAUUGAUAUUUGCGCUGAGGUGAUAUUCCUGUCUAAAAGAACAACAUUGUCUUUCUUUUCUAGCACAGAAUUAUGCAUUAAAAUAUGCAUACCUAAUUAGUUUCCUAUAUAUUCACGCCAUCUUGAAAAGACAGACUAUGGUGUAACCAUGAUUCUAUUAUGUAUUGGUACGUCUGUAGACCAAGAUAUAAUUUUUUAAAAAUAAGUUUAUUUCUUUCAAGGUUUACAAAUAACAAAGGUGCACCUUGUAUUUAAAAUUGCCAUUAUAGAUGAGAGCGUGCAUGCACAGUCAUUUUUGUUUAAGAGUAAUAUUUUUAAUGUAAUAGAUUGUAAGACGUGGUGAGGGAGGGAUCUGACAGAGAUGAAUGUGCCAAGCAAAACCACAACUGUGUAUAUUUUAAAGCACAUCAUGGUUUUACCUACCAUGUUGUCAAGGAUUCUCAUGAAGUGCCA